AUGUCUAUAAUAUAUGGUUUAGUAGCAAGAGACAAAACUGUUUUAGCUGAAUAUACAGAAUUUGGUGGUAAUUUUUCAAAUAUUACGAGAUUACUUCUUGAAAUUAUACCUCCUCAUUCAUCAAGAAAGUCAUAUAUAUAUGACGAUUAUGUUUUUCAUCAGCUUAUGAAAAAUGGAGUAACAUUUAUGACUAUGACGGAUAAAGAAUUAGGUUUUUUAACACCUUAUGCUUUUCUAGAAGAAAUAUCGAAAAUUUUUUUUAAAAAGUUUAAAAAUACAUCGGACUUAAUUACUUUAUCAUUAGAUGAACAAUUUAAACCUGUCUUAAAAGAAAACAUGAGAAUAUUUAAUGAAUAUGAGUCUAAUGAUGUUCAUAAUAUAAAAAACCAAAUUAGCAAUAUACAAAAUAUAAUAAUUGAAAAUAUUGAAAAAAUAUUAGAAAGAAGAGAAAAAAUUGAUAUACUAGUUAACAAAAGUGAAAAAUUAAAUCAGGAAAACAUAAGUUUCAGGAGACAAGCUAUGAACUUAAAUUUUUAUAUGUGGUUAGAAAAUAAUAAAUUAUGUGUUUACCUAAUUUCAAGCAUAGUAAUAUUUAUUUUUUUUAUAUGGUCAUUUUACAAUGUUUAA